GCACUCAUCGUCGGCCGUACGCUGUCGAUUACAGUGAAUUGUACAGUGCGGGUUACCGACGGUGUAAAUACAUUUUUUUUUAUUGUGAACAUUUUUUCAAUUUGUUUUGUUCUACCAAGCUUUUUUACACAUACUUCCUCCACCUCUCCUACACACACGCAGUGUAUACUUUAGAGGUGUGUGUGUGUGUACGCAGCUAUUAACCAUAGCAAUACUGUUUUAUCGUUCGACAGGUGUCCCCCCCGGAAAGUAUCUGCCCGCGUCGAGUUUGUGUGUAUAAUAUAAUAUAUUAUAAACCGCUGCACAACAGCUAUCGUCGUCUAUCUCUCUCGCCCACGCGCACUCUUCCCGUUAUAUUAUCAUACCGUUGUUUUUAAUUUUUUAAAUAAUAGUAAUUUAUUCCACGUAGAUUUUCCGAUAUUCGUUACUUCUUUGUUUUUGCCGUUAGAGCACAUAAGUCCGGUACGUUGCAAUUGUCUCACUCGGCAAGUCUUGACUAUAUACUUUUGAACGUUAUAAGAAAGUUUUAACUUCCUCAACAAGUGCAUACAGGGCGCGUUAUGAGUUCCCAAAAACCGAGCACGUGGACCGUGUCGUUGACCAGGAAUAGCACGUCUCAGCCGUGGGGAAUACGUCUGGCGGGUGGAGCGGAUCUUAACACUCCGCUUGUUAUUACAAAGGUAUACGCUGGAACGCCAUGCAACCAAAACCUCCGAGUCGGUGACAUAAUAAAGAAAAUUGAAGACUACGAUGCCAGAGACUUGAGGCAUUUGGAUGCUCAAAAUUUGUUUAGCGAUGCCGAAAAAAUUACACUUGUUAUCCAGAGAGAUGCUCCUAAUUUUGCGCCCAGUCCCAAUCCUUUGAUGCCGGACAACCAACCGUUUCUGCAACACGGCGUCGGCAAGCGGUUGACCCCAUCGCCGGCUUGUUCGCCCGUUAACGGGAUUUACGGUUACGAACGGGCUGCUCAGUCUCCGGUGAACAAUUUUUGUCGUUUCCCGCCGGUUUUGGUCGACUAUAGCGGCACUACCGACGACGAAGCCCACGAUCCGACAAUUGAUCAACAACCGUACAGGACCAAUCCGUUGGUGUUGCCGGGAGCAAAGGCCAAGAGGGAUCAGCCAAAGGCCGAGUCGUAUCUGCGCCAUCAUCCGAACCCAAUGAUGCGAGCACAUCCGUCGCUACACGAUCAGCCAAUGGACACGUUGAUGAAACAAAGGGCCAUGGACCACGUGUUGCAACGGAUAAGUAACGAGGAGGCAAAGUCAAGACCUGGUAGACAGGUGGUGCACAAACAGUUUAACACACCGGUCGGUUUAUACUCUGAGGAUAACAUCGCCAACUCGAUCAAAGCGCAAACCGGAUACACUCCGGAAGUGGAAGAAGACAAAUACGGUCGUUUUAGGUACAAGAAGACGGUGCAGUACGAUCCGGCCAAGUCCGAGACUUACAAAGCCAUCCAAGAAAGCGAACACGGCAAUCACAACUCGCGCGAAGUCAUUAUUCCCAUACAGAAAGCGUACUCGCCUGUGCAGGGAUCAGUUAAGAAAGUCACGGUCAACGGCAACUACAACCAUAACAGGCUGUCUGCACCGCACCAUCCGACUACAGGACGCACUUCACCACAACCACAUCCGACCGCACCACACCCGAACCACGACUAUGUUUCCACUGACGAAAUCCAUCAAAGCGGAAGCUUCAAACGUUUGAUGAACAUGGUCAUGACCGAAAACUAAACGCUGAACCGAAACGAAUGCCGAAUAUGAGAUUUUCAAUUAUUAUAAUAAUUUGUUCAUACGCCUAAGGAAAAAUAUCAAAUAAAGGAAACCUGGAAAUGGGUUGUCCUCGAUUGUUCAUCAUUUACAUACCUAUUCAACGAUUUGUUUUUUAUAUACCUUCUGUACAUAAGCAAAAAAAUGAUAUUUGUCGCCGGCAUUAAUUAAUGAUUACUAUUAUUAUUAUUAUUAUUAUCAUUACUGUGUCUAAUAUAACAGACUUUUAUGCGAAAAAUUGUUGAGUGUACUAUCUAGUCACACAUAUGUGUAAAAAAAAAAUAAUAAAUUUAGGACUAACAAAUCCGAUUAUAUAAACAUGUUAUAUACAAAAUGUUAUUUUAAUUUUAUUACCCAUAAUAUGUUAAUUAUUAUGUUAUCGUUUUCUUAUUUAUAAUUGAAUAAAGUACCGUUAUAUUUAUUUAUUUCAAA